AUGAGUCCGCGCAGUGUUCCUGAGCAGCUGGCGACUGCGCCUUCCCGGUCGUCGGCUGCCAGAGACUCAGUCGCCUCGCUUUCCAGUGCUCAUGCCAGGUCGCUAUCCUCGUCCACCAAGGCCGGCACUCCUAUUCCUCCUAGCCUUCUACCAUCGGCGCCUGCAUCUCCUCCCACGCCGGCUCCCAGUCCCACCCCUCAUCAACGACCUCCCACCUGGCAGACAGCGGAGGAGGAAGACGAUGCUUUCUUGUUGAAUGCUCGCAUACAUUUUUCCUCGCUUUCCAACGCGAGGAAGCUCAGGUUCUUGGAAGGGAUUCUCGGUCUGUGUGAUAGUCAGCAUCUUAGCUUCGUUUCCAGCUAUGUUAGCCCCCGUUUAAGGAAAGACCCGUUCCAGGUGUUCCCGAAUGAAUUAUGUUUGAGGGUCUUGUCGUUUAUCGACGAUCCGAAGACAUUAGCGAGAGCAUCCCAAGUAUCGAGACGCUGGCGGGAACUGCUGAACGACGAUAUCACGUGGAAAAACCUGUGCGAAAAGCAUUCGUAUGCGUCCCGGAGGAUGUCGGAGGAUGAACGGGAUUUCGUCGACCCUUUCCAUGGUCAACCUUUGCAUGCUGUGUCCAGCACUCAGUCCUUGAGCGGGCUGCAGAGGAGACCCAAUGUGUCUAGUCUUCAGUCUGGGGAUGGCCUGGCUGAAGUUUCACGCUCUUUAUCUGGAGAUUGGCUCUCCAUGUCGGGGUAUCCGACCCGCAAACGGCGGGUCCGACCGUUGUCUUACAGAUCGCAUUUUAAACAAAAGUAUAUGGUGGAAUCUGCCUGGAAUAAAGGCGGACGCUUCAACCAGAGACACAUCACCCCGGACCAGGGGGUGGUCACGAGCCUGCAUCUAACUCCUAAGUAUAUCGUGGUUGCGCUAGACAAUGCCAAGAUCCAUGUGUACGAUACCAACGGAGACAACCAGAGAACCCUCCAGGGCCAUGUGAUGGGCGUAUGGGCGAUGGUUCCGUGGGAUGACAUCCUUGUGAGUGGUGGAUGCGACCGAGAGGUCAGGGUCUGGAACAUGGCCACUGGUGCCGGGAUCUACCUCUUACGUGGCCACACGUCAACCGUACGUUGCCUCAAGAUGUCCGACAAAAAUACGGCAAUCUCGGGAUCACGGGAUACCACGCUGCGGAUCUGGGAUCUAGCCACCGGCACUUGUAAGAAUGUUCUGGUUGGGCAUCAAGCUAGCGUCCGCUGCCUAGCCAUCCACGGAGAUAUUGUGGUCUCGGGAAGCUACGAUACCACCGCACGCAUUUGGAGCAUCUCCGAGGGACGGUGCCUACGAACGCUCUCUGGUCAUUUCAGCCAAAUCUAUGCCAUCGCAUUUGAUGGCAAACGCAUCGCGACAGGCAGUCUGGAUACCAGCGUGCGGAUCUGGGAUCCGCACUCGGGCCAGUGCCAUGCUAUCUUGCAAGGCCAUACCUCCCUGGUCGGACAGUUGCAAAUGCGAGGUGACACCCUCGUCACUGGUGGCUCUGACGGCUCCGUUCGUGUUUGGUCGUUGACCAAGAUGGCCCCCAUUCACCGGCUGGCGGCCCAUGACAACAGUGUGACCAGCUUGCAGUUCGACAGCUCUCGAAUUGUCAGUGGUGGCAGUGACGGUCGCGUCAAGGUAUGGAGUUUGCAGACCGGACAAUUGCUCCGAGAAUUGUCCACCCCGGCCGAGGCUGUCUGGAGAGUUGCCUUCGAGGAUGAGAAAGCUGUAAUCAUGGCAAGUAGAUCAGGCCGCACCGUGAUGGAGGUUUGGAAUUUCUCGCCACCGCCCGAAGAAGAUGGUGACGAUACGGUGAUCGUGGAGAGCGCUGCCAGUACACCGGGACUCCAUCCUACAACUAAUGACAGCCGCCUUCGAGAACGCUUCUCGGAUCCCCCUCCAAGUCUGCCACUCAGUACCGACGAUGAUCACGCCAUGCCGGAUGCUCCGCUAUCUUGA